CGCAGAUGUCACUGUUACCGUGGUUGUUGGGCGAUAGUUGUACUAGUUCUCGUAUGAUACUAGCACCCGCUCCUAAGUGUGGCGUCGGGCUUCUCAAGCUUCUGCAGCGCAAAUAACACUCGCCGUAUGAAGCCUGGCAGUGUAUUGAGUCCGACAGGUAUAAAGCGCACGUAUGCAACGUCGUUUCUCCUCCGUGUCCAUCCUCUCUCUUGUCUCACAAGCAGUACCAUCAGCUCGACCAAUGUUCAACUCCGGAAACGCCAACCGCUAUCAGCAGCCCCUAGGCGGCGAUGGUAGCGGGGCCAUACCGACCGCCAAUAUCGCGGGCAAGUACAGAGUCACUCUGUCCGACGGGACCACUGGUGUGGGUGUGCUCGUCACGCCUAUCGAAAGUAGGACCGGGCGGAAGCUCAAGCUUCAAUUUGGCGACGAACAGAAGGGCAUUUACAAUGACAAGGAGUGUACGCCGGUUAGCGCAAACACAGCUGUGAGCGCGCAUCCGGUGUAAGUGCGCCACACAUAGAAGGAACCCUAGUCCAGAGGCUCUAUUUUUCUGGAUAUGACUUGAGCUUAGUAGGCUUUGUAACAUUUACGACAUUGAACGUGACUGCGCUUGCGAAUAUAUUCUCCCCAUUCCAAUUCCCC